GUCCACUUCCUCCUCCCUCUCUUCUUCUUCUUUGCCUUCACUUCUUGCCCAUCCUCCCAUCGUGCUUGCCACGUCUCUCUGUCCCUAACACCCGUUCGACUCUACACAUUCCCUCGCACACGUUCCUUUGCAUACCGUUUCCCCCAUCGGUCCUUUACUGCCAAAUGCAAAUUUGACACUGCGUCGUUACUUACUGCCUGUCUGCUUGCCGUUUCUCUCCCUCGACCCCACGCUUGAAUCCAAACAGCUAUCUCUACCGUCUUUUUCUGUUAAGCUCUCAGCCUCCCAAUAACACUUUUUUUUCCACAACCCCACUGCCUGGACAGACAUACAAGUUGAAGCUCGAAGCUCAAUUCCACUAAACUCACAUCGAAAACCACUGAUAACCACACCAUCCACACUCGUCGUCGCGCGCGACCGCGAAAUACACUGAAGCAACCUCAAUUCACCUUGAGCAAACACUAAGUUUGCCCCUCCAAGAUUUUUAGCGUGCAGCCUGGUUCUGCUGCCUUGGCAUCUCCGUCAUCAUGGAGCAGCAACAGCAGCAGCAGCCGCAACAGGCUCAACAGCAGCCCCAGCCUCAGGCUGGCGGUGUUGCUGGUCCGGCUGGCCGUCGCUUGCACAUCGCUCAUCGCCGCAGCCCAUCAGAGUUGACGCCCUUGAUGAGCAUGUUUGCCAAUCCCAACAUGGAGCAACUAGCCAUCCAGCAACAAAUCGAGCUGCUCCAGCAGCAGCAGCAGCAACUUCAGGCACAGCAGCAGUAUGUUAAUCUAGGCAUGCUUCCGGGGCAAGGUAUGCCUGGUGGCGCAUUCAAUCCUUUGCAGCCCGCUAUGGGACCCCAGGGCGGUUUCCAAUUCCCGAACCAGCUACAACAGCAGCAGCAGCAGCAGCAGGCUACCAUGCAGCAAGCUCCUUCCCACCCCCUCUCACAUCGCCGUAAUCAGUCGGCUCUUCCGAACAUGGGCAUUGGACCACCUCCGGCUCCCUCCUCGGGCGCAUCAGGCUCUGCCUUCAACUUCGAGACCACCUCAGGUCAAGGCCGCGAAAACUCCGGUGGCGGCCGAGGAGGUCGCGGAGGAGGUGGCUCCGGUGGUGGUCACCAGAGAAGACACUCUUUGGCGCUUGCAGACGCAAAGAAGGCAGCUGAGCUCGCCCAACAGAAGCGCACAACGACUGGCUUCCAGUUCCCUGGCCCCAAUGCAUCUGAUCCAUCUGCCUCGGCCGAAACUCCAGGCGAAGAUAACAAGCCUGCCGCUCAGCCUGCGGCCGAGAACCAAGCGCCGCAAGGCCCUUCGUCUCGGGGCCGAGGUGGCGGUCAUGGUAGGAGCCAGAGCAUGGCCGUGGGCCGUGGUGGUGGCCGGGGCAACAUGUCGGGUGACGGCGGCCGUGGUGGACACGGUCGUUCCUCUUCCCGCAACUUUGACAGCAACUGGCGCAACAACCAGGGUGGCCAGGGUGACCAACAGCAACAAGGCUUCCAGCAGCAGGGCCACCGUUCCCGUGGCUCUAUGAGCCAGCAAGGCGCGCCCAUCGGCGCCUUCCAGUACCCAGGGCAGCCUCAGCUUGUGCAGAUGCCAGGCCAGAUGAUGAUCCCUGGUAUGUACGCCGGACAGCAACAGUUGACUCCUAUGCAGAUCCAGCAGCUCCAAGCUCUGCAGGCCGCGCAGAUGAAUGGUCAGCACUUGGUUGGUCUGCAGGGCAGCCAGCAUGCCCCUCAGAUGGGUCAGCAACCUCAGCAGCAGCAGCGCAAGACGCUCUUUACCCCCUAUUUGCCCCAGGCAACCCUUCCUGCACUCCUUGGAGACGGGCAGCUUGUUUCUGGUAUCCUUCGCGUCAACAAAAAGAACCGUAGUGACGCGUAUGUCUCGACCCAGGAUGGUCUACUUGACGCCGAUAUUUUCAUUUGCGGAAGCAAGGACCGUAAUCGCGCCCUGGAAGGCGAUCUUGUAGCCGUCGAGCUACUUGAUGUUGACGAAGUCUGGGGACAGAAGCGUGAGAAGGAAGAGAAGAAGAAGCGGAAGGAUAUCACCGACACUCGUUCUGGCUCUACCAACGGUGGAAACCAGAACAAUGCCAACGGUGAGGAUGGCAACACCGGAGAAGGUGGCAUCCGCCGCCGUGGUAGUUUGAGGCAGCGCCCGACGCAGAAGAAGAAUGACGACGUCGAGGUCGAAGGCCAAAGCCUUCUGCUCGUCGAGGAAGAGGAGAUCAGUGACGAGCAGAAGCCUCUAUACGCUGGCCACAUUGUUGCCGUCAUCGAGCGUGUCGCGGGUCAAAUGUUCUCCGGUACCCUGGGUCUGCUGCGUCCCAGUAGCCAGGCCACCAAGGAGAAACAAGAGGCGGAGCGUGCGGCCAGGGACGGCGGCCGUCACCAGGACAGCCGCCACCAGGAGAAGCCAAAGAUUGUCUGGUUCAAGCCUACGGACAAACGCGUUCCCCUUAUUGCCAUUCCGACUGAGCAGGCUCCUCGUGACUUCGUUGAGAAGCACAUGGACUACGCCGAUCGCAUCUUUGUUGCUUGCAUCAAGAGGUGGCCUAUUACAUCGCUCCACCCCUUCGGAACACUCGUCGAGCAGCUUGGUAAGAUGGGUGACCUGAAGGUCGAGACGGAUGCGCUGCUUCGUGACAACAACUUCUCCUCGGAUGAUUUCUCGGAUGCUGUUCUGCGCAGCGUUGGACUUCAAGAUUGGUCGAUCGCCAAGGAGGACGAGGCUGCCAUUGGCGAGCGUCGUGACUUCCGGGACGAAAAGACUUUCACCAUCGACAUCGACGGUUCAACAGAGCUCGGCAAUGCUGUUCAUGUCAAGACCAGGCCCGACGGCAAGAUCGAGAUCGGCAUUCACGUGCCCGACGUUGCCCACUUCAUCAAGCCCAACUCUCUCGUUGACCGUGAGGCUAAGAAGCGUGGAACUGCAGUCCACUUGAUUAACAGGACCUGUGCUCUCCUGCCACCCAAAUUGGCGAAGGAGGUUUGCUCUCUUGACCCGUCCGAGGAGCGUUUGACCGUCAGUGUCGUGUUCCAGGUCAACCCCCACAAUGGUGUUGUCGCAGACGGAGACACUUGGAUUGGCAAGAGUAUCAUCAAGUCUGGCGGCAAGCUCAGCCUUGAUGAGAUCAACACGGCCUUGUCGAGCGACUCUGCGUUCACUCAUGAUGUAGUGUCGCAGAAGGAUGUUCAAAUUCUCAAUGCUGUCGCACAGAAGUUCCGUGAAGCCCGUCUGGGCGCUGGCGGAGAGCCAAUCGCUCCACUCCGGCUCUUCCAGCAAUUGGAUGAUGAGAACAUUCCCAUUGAGCACAACGUCUUCGAUUCUAAGGAGGCGACCGAGUUGGUUGAGGAGCUGAUGCAUAAGGUCAACGCGGCUGUCGCACAACGCCUUGCUGAGGGGUUGCCUGAAAAGGCGCUCCUCCGCAGACACGCACCGCCGAACCCGCGUCGUCUGCAGACCAUUGCCGAGCGCAUGAACGCACUCGGCUACGAACUCGACACGUCGAGCAGCGGUGCUCUUCAGAACAGCCUCUUCAAGGUUGAUAACGAAGACAUCAGGAAAGGUAUUGAGACGUUGCUGCUCAAGUCUAUGCAAAGGGCGAAGUACUUCAUUGCUGGCAAGUUGGCCAAACAGCUGUGGCCCCACUACGCGCUUAACCUGCCGCUUUACACUCAUUUCACCAGCCCUACAAGGCGCUAUGCGGACAUCAUGGUUCACCGCCAGCUUGACUCCAUCUUGUCUGAGGGCAAGGUUGAGUACACCGAGGAUCUUGAGAACCUCGUUAAGACCGUCGAGUCCUGCAACACCAAGAAGGACUCGGCCCAGAACGCCCAGGAGCAGAGCAUCCACAUCGAGUCUUGCCGCAAGAUGGACAAGGUGCGCCAGGACGCCCACGGAGAACUCAUUAGCGAAGGUAUCGUCAUUUGCGUUUAUGAAUCUGCGUUUGACGUUCUUAUUCCCGAAUGGGGCUUUGAGAAGCGCGUGCACUGCGAUCAGCUGCCACUCAAAAAGGCGGAGUUCCGCAAGGAGAAACGUGUUCUGGAGCUAUACUGGGAGAAGGGCGUUCCAAGCUCGGCUUACGUGCCGGAAGACGAGCGUCCCAAGGCUGCCGCCUCACAGCGUGUCAGCAACGCCAUGGCGGCUGCACGUCAUGCAGAGGAGGCCCAGCGGGCCAAGAAGGAGCGGGAAGAGGCUACGCGCAAGCAGACCGAGACGGGCACUAUUUCAACGGAUGACGUUGAUGCGCUCUUCGACGACGAUGAGGAUAACGGAUCAGACAUUACUGAGGCCAUGGCCGGCGCAUCGCUUGCCGAACGUCCAACCCAGAGUGUCCCAGGUUCCCCUGCUAGAACCAGUGCCGUUGGAACUCUUCACCGUACAAAGUCGGAGUCCAAGGUGCCCGCGGUCGAGCCGGCAGAGAGUCGUCUGUCCAACAAGGAGAAGUACCUUAGCCUUUUUAAGUUGAGGGAGGAGGGUGGCGAGUACAUCCAAGACGUCACCGAGAUGACGCGCGUGCCUGUAAUCCUCAAGACGGAUCUCAGCAAGAGCCCACCGUGCUUGACCAUUCGGUCUCUCAACCCGUAUGCUCUUUGAGCGACGGUUUCUGCAGCUUGAUAGUUCUACAAAGGAGCCUGUGAAUAUCCCCGAGUAUUUCAGUAUACUCAAUCAAGAGCUGUUUGGAUUUUUGGGCUUGUAGUGCAUGGGGAUAUAAGUUCGUGCCAUCUUGGAGUGCCAUUAAUGAUGGUGCAGACAUAGUUGGCUCUUUGCCAUCCAACAGUCAAGACGCAGUAUGGGGUGGAGCGUCAGAGGUCAACGGUUUGCGUUGAUAGCCACAGGUGCAUUUGAUGGGGAGGUCAGGUGGUCAUUAUAAGUAAAAGUCGUGGUAUAUUAUUUCUGUUUUUGUUAUGUAUGUGCCUGUCGUCCUUGGUCAAUAAUUUAACAUUACUAAAACCUUGAGAAUAAAUACAGAGUUAGAAGAAAUAAGAGUUGUUGAUACUAUGUUGUUGAUGUAGGCUGGGGAAGAAAUACACGCACUGCGAAUGAUAUAGAG